AUGCCUGGUGGCGUGACUGAUGGCUACAAGACGCUGUGUCUAGUGACGUGCCCGAUGGCUAGAAUGGUGUCUCUUCUCAUCGUUGUGGUCUUUCUCAUCGAUGGUCGUAUCCAGUGGAAAGCAUAUUCAGUGAUCUACGCUCUGGCCUUCAUACUUAUCUUCGGAUGCACCAUCACUCUAUUUCUGCACUAUUUUGAAGUGCAAAAAAUCGCCAAUCAGCUGCCAUGGAUUAAACUGGAAUUGUUCUGGAAUGCCAUUAGUUUCGUACUGUGCGCUCUCGGCUCUGCUGUUCUCAUUUGGGAUUGGGUGCAAAUGCGAAGUGGAUACCUGCUGCACCACAGCGCCUUGACGCCACACAACAUCGGCGAGCAAAGUUGGCAACGACGAGUGCUCAUAGUUGCGGUCAGUGGGAAGAGUCAUCUUACACUCACUUCUCCGUUCCUUUUCAAGUCGUAA